ACAGAGUGUGCAUCUGAAACUGAUGUUGCCUCACCGGGUUUUGGAGAACGACGGCCUUCGUUGCGAGCACCGUGAAAUAUACAUAUGUUCUCAACUCACUGCAUCCUCUCAAGGUAUUCGUAAACAACUCGUCGGUUUGCGAUACACAGCGACGGUUUCUAAGCCGCAGGCAGAAUCGACGAGACGUCGCUUCUUAAUUUGCAAAGAUACAGUCGCCUGUGUGUUUCACACUAUGACACUCAGCGAACUGUAAUACAAAUUGUUACACAUGACCACUCGGAAGAAGAAAUAAGUUGCUGUUGGAAAUGUGAAGAACGGUGGCAUGGUGUCGUCUGUUGCUUCCUGUUGCCACGAUUGGUGACGGUAAGCUUAUCGCGCAGCAUGAACUCCAAGAGAUAAUGACGCUUUUCGCUCUCAAAGCAAGGACAUCGUCUGAUCUCCGCGUUUUUCAUCAUGAUUAAAAGCCUCUCACAAUUACCGCUGGACCGCUUGGCUAAGGAGCCGGCAGUUCUACAGCUUAAACUUGAAGAUCUCAAUGGCGCGCUGGAGGAGGCGGUGGUGGACAACUGCAGUGUUCUGUUAUCUUCAUCGCGGUGUCUGACCUAUGUGGAAGGCGAUGUCGCGAGUGUGGCCAGCCGACUUUCGGGCCUGCAACAGUCGCUGUCUCAGUUAAAAGAACGACUCCAAGUUUUCAUGGAUAUCAGCGGACGAGCGUCCAGUACACAUGCUGCUCUUCAGCUGCUAUGGGCCAUGCAGGAGACUGUCACUGAACUUAUGGCUCUGCCGGCCAUGAUAAGAAAUUGCUGCAAAGCGAGACUCUACAGUGAGGCUCUCGAUUUAGCUGUGUUUGCACGAGAGCAAUUAGUGUCGCUGGGUGCACGAUGCCGUAGGGAAGAGCCACUACUGCGCGUCAUCGGGAGACAGGUAGAGGAAGAACGAAUUGCCUGCCACGCUGCUUUGCUUCAAGAAUUGGGCACUGCCGAAAACUUUGCUCAUAUUGUUAAACUGUUGGGGCACCUGCGGCGAGUAGGCCUUUUUCCCGAAGAUCAUCUGCGACGCCAGUUUAUCGAUCGUCGAGGAGCGUCUGUGUCCGCACUCAAAAGUGCUGUCGAAACACAGUGCGCAAACGAUUGUGUGAGAGGACUUUGUUCUGCCGCAAGCUUAUUGAGUGGUGCCAUCUUGGAGGUUGUUACGCAAUACAGGGCAAUUUUCGGAGACCUUCACAUGUCAAUUGCUUUCUGGUUGCGGAUGCAAGUGACUUGGUUUCUUCUACUUGUGCAUCGCAAUCUCACGUUGAGCCGACGUAAACACAGAAAUGAGCCACUAGCCUGCCACCGCGGAGAUUCGCGAAGCGUGCCUCCGCUAAUGACCAGCUUGAAGGACAAAGCGUGGUUACACGUCGGCGCGCAGCUGCCUGAAGGACGGGUUGGAGAAGAACCGCCGUUGGAUGCUGCUAGCCUCUCUUCGUUGUAUCGGCAUACACAACAUGCGGCGUGCUGUCUCCGCCGCGUGGGUGCGUAUUUCUUUCCGGCGGUGGUACCGGUCUUCGAGCACUACUUGCAUUCUGUCUUGCAACACAAGGGAAAUGUCGCCUUAAGCCGUCUACACCAGGAUCUCAGGUGCUACAGCUGGGAUUCAUCAGCCCUGUUUCGCAGCCUUCUUGAGAAGUGCGAAGAGGUAUCACAUGACGCGGGGCCCCUUGUUAAAUUCUCGUCUGUAUGUGACGAGAGUGGCGCCUCCGAGCGGUUUGCGUUGCUUCGACAUCCUCCUCUAUGUACAUUCAUGAACGAGCUGUUAAAAGUUCUCAACGCUGCACUGGACUUCCCUCUGUUCACUGUCGUCACCGCCUUACCCACGAUGUUCAAGCGAAUCCUGUUGAGAGGAGCUUACAUUCUCGAGAGCAUUCGGCGAGAUGUGAUAGAGCAGACAACCGACAAGCAGACUAAGGAUGAGUUUGCAUCUCUGUGCCAAGCUUACGUGAACAUCCUCCUUCCGUUGUUGGUCGCGGACCUCAGAAGUGUGCUAAACUUUAAGUUUGUUCCUGAGGCGGUCUUCAGUGACGUUAAGGACUGGGUGGAACAGCAGCGAUUAUAUGAGACAAGCUGUUGUGUGUAACCAUUGACGAUUCGAGGAAAAGAAAAAAAGAAGACCUUUUCUUGUGGCUACCAUCUGGUGCUUAUUCUGCCUAUAAGGACAACACGUAAAUCGUCUAUUCGUAGACAUCCUCGUACAUGGCCGCGCUCGAGUUUUCAUAUCCUUAGAGUAGGUAACAUCUCCGUCGAAUCCUCAUUCCAUAAUACGCGUUCCCACACGAACGUGUACCUCGUUUGUGGCUUCACUGGAUACUGCGAAUUCUGUGCAGGCAGCACGGCGAGACAGUCUACUUGUGUGACGGGGUUGUGCUCGCACACACGCUGGUGACAGACAGUUGACCGGUAUUGGAACAGCUCUAUUGAUUUGUUUAAAAGACUGUCCUUUCGUAGAGAGUCUUUGUAAAUGUGACGUGCCACGUGUGAUUACGCUCUCUGUUUCCCCGAGUACUAUGGUGCGGGGUUGUUUCGCCUGUUCCAGUUCAUCCACCCGUUCGCCUGUGGUCCUGCGCGCACAAAUGUGUACGUUGCUUACUCUGUUUGGGAAGCGGGGACGACAGAAACGUUGCGCGAAAGCAUUAUUCACUGUGGUGCCACAUUAUUAGAUCUUCAUUUCUCCAAGUCAUGCGGCAAUGCAAAUGAACAUGAAUGCACCAAAAAGAUUACACUCGGCCAACUGUAAUUGGAGAGGCACCUACACCUGGUACGGCGCCUAACAGUCCCCCGAGAAGGCCUGAUACUGCUGUUCCCAGAACAGUUGGCCGAUGAAUGCCUGCUUGCCUCUCUGUGGGGGAGAUGUUAAUCGCCUCAAAAGGGUAUGUGUUUCGGUUAAUCUUACCAGCUUGCUUGAUAUUUGUGGCAAGCUGCUCCUUCUUGAAGCCGUAUUCUUCGGCCAUGUUCCGAUCUACAUUCGGAUGGAACUGCAGUGGAGUGUUGGACACAUGUAAUGGUGGUGGCGCAUACCAUAGGUAAGGCGUUCCUCUGGAGACAUGCGACUGAGAGCUCUAGAUUCUUCGUCCAGAUUGUUCAUACUCUGGACAAUCCUGUAGCAGGUUGACAAAACGUGCCAUUUUGAUUUUGAUGCCGUGCAACAUAUUUUCGCGUCACUUCUUACUGUAGCUCUUUCUUUUCAGCCUCACGUUCAUUGUGAAACUGUGCGCACGGCGACAUUAUGCCUUGCAGUUCAUCCAGGGAGCCUGCGCAGUACUGAAUUAGAAACGAUACUAGAGCAAUGUAAUGCUAGAUUACCUUGUGCGUCAAUACGAUUGGCGACUGCACGCAUGUCAUCAUCGGGGGACUUUGCAACAAUAAUGAGUGGGCGGUUCACCAUAUCUGCGGUCACAGCAUGACGGUUUCGUUCAUGGCAUGGCGUUUAUCACUGGUGAAAGGCUACCUGGAUAGAGGGCAUCGUAUGCGGCACGUGCCUCUUUCGUUAGGGUGGAUAUGCGGCGCAUAAGUUUAAGUCUUUCAUCCUUCAGGUGGGAUGUCUUUUCUGCAAGAGGCAUCGCUAGGUCUUGCUCCAGCUGUUUGUACGUGCUAAAAACGACUUUGCGCAUGUUCAUCAAGAUCGUAUAUUGCAGUAACCCACUCCAUCACAUCUUUCGCGGCUGCCUGGGCCUCUAAACGAGCAUCAAGAUUCGCCGUUCCAGUUGCUCGUGGUUGAGUAGGUAUUACGCUAACCUGUUGCAGAAAUCUGGUUCAUCUUGGCUUUUUGUAUCGCCUGAUCAUGGAAGGAAGCAGAGGUAGUAGCAAGAUGGGGGACAAUCGGUAGUCGCAUACCUCGAUGCGUGCUUGUUCCGCGACAGAAGGCAUGCUUGGCUGGGACGCCGCUUGAGCAA